AUGACUGUCGAUUCAGCAGAGAGAAAAUGUCAGGGAGUAGACUGCGGAAAGGAAGCUGGAAACCUACAAUGCCCAACAUGUCUGAAACUCGGCCUCAACGACAGUUAUUUCUGUUCCCAAGACUGCUUCAAGAAAAAUUGGAAUCAACAUAAGUCCUUACAUCAAAAACUCAAAGACAAGACACAAGAUGUAAAUGGAACGUAUAAUCCUUUCCCGACCUUCUCUUUCACCGGCCCAGUCCGACCCGUCUAUCCCCUUUCCCCCAUGCGCACCGUCCCCAAGUCAAUCAGACACCCGGACUGGGCGGAAACCGGGAUCCCCAAGGCCGAACAGCGUCUGAGCCGGACUAAGAUCGACUUGUUAGACGCCCAAGGCCAGCAGGCCAUGCGCAAGGUCUGUCGACUGGCUCGAGAGGUCCUGGACAUCACUGCGGCCGAGCUCAAACCGGGCAUCACCACGGACUACCUUGAUGAGGUGUGUCAUCGGGCCUGUGUAGAACGAGGUUCGUAUCCCUCUCCUUUGAACUAUUAUCACUUUCCCAAGUCGCUGUGCACGUCACCAAACGAGGUCAUUUGUCACGGGAUCCCCGACCAGCGGGUCCUGCUUGAUGGUGAUAUUCUCAAUCUCGACAUCUCGUUAUAUCAUGAAGGGUAUCACGCCGAUCUCAACGAGACGUAUUACAUUGGCGAGAAAGCCAAAGCAGACCCAGAUACCGUUCGGAUCGUUGAAACAACACGGGAAUGUCUAGACAAGGCGAUCGAGAUCGUGAAGCCCGGAACGCCCAUCCGAGAAUUUGGCAAGGUGAUUGAACAACAUGCCAAGUCUAGAGAUUGUCGUAUCGUCACCACCUGGGGCGGCCAUGGCAUCAAUACUGAAUUCCAUCCCCCACCGUGGAUCCCCCAUUACGGCAAGAACAAAGCGGUGGGUGUCUGCAAGCCUGGGAUGACUUUUACGAUCGAGCCUAUCCUGGCGCUGGGAAAGCCUAAAGAGGUCUACUGGCCGGACGAUUGGACUAAUGCCACGGUGGAUGGCAGAUGGACCGCUCAGUUUGAACACACUUUACUUGUUACGGAAACCGGCGUUGAGAUCUUGACUGCGCGGAACGAAGAUUCUCCGGGGGGUCCAAUCCCGAUGCCCACGACCACGGAUGGGCAGUAG